UCAACCAUAGCCUACUUCCUAAAUCAAUGAGGGGCCCCGCCUGUCCCUCUCCGUCCAGGGAGACGGGAGGAGUUCCUGAAUGGGAAGGACGCGAGGAUCUUCCACUGUAGGGAUCCCCAAGCUGAGAGGGGCCCAGUACACCAACCCCUGACCCCCUCCACCUUUGGAGGCUUCACCCCGGAUGCCUGGGGGAGGGGGCCCAGGAAGGGGAAGUGGCCGCUUCUGCUUCUGAUAUUUGUGAUGGGGGCAGGGUGUCACGACCGCUGAUGGAGAGGGCAACACGGGCUACCCCCGGCUCCGGAGAACAGGAAGAGGUACAGCGAUAUUUUCCGGAGCCUGGACAACCUUGAGAUCUCACUGGGGAACGUGACCCUUGAGAUGCUGGCUGCAGACCCGGUACUUUCAGCAGGAGACCCAGAAACUGACAAGACCCCCACAGCCACCUUGACCAAUGAAACCAGCAGUUGGAGUGGCCCUUCCCCAGAAGAUCCUGCACCCCUUACAGGGGAGGAACUGGACUUGCGGCUCAUUCGGACUAAGGGGGGCGUGGAUGCAGCCCUGGAGUAUGCCAAGACCUGGAGCCGCUAUGCCAAGGAGCUACUGGCCUGGACCGAGAAGAGAGCCAGCCAUGAGCUGGAAUUUGCCAAAACCAUCAUGAAGAUCGCUGAGGCUGGCAAGGUGUCAAUUCACCAACAGAGCCACAUGCCACUGCAAUACAUCUACACCCUGUUUCUGGAGCACGACCUCAGUCUGGGAGCCCUGGCCAUGGAGACAGUGGCCCAGCAGAAAAGAGACUACUAUCAGCCCCUGGCUGCCAAACGGACUGAGAUUGAGAAGUGGCGGAAGGAGUUCAAGGAGCAAUGGAUGAAAGAGCAGAAGAGGAUGAACGAGGCAGUGCAGGCACUACGGCGGGCGCAGCUCCAGUACGCGCAGCGCAGCGAGGACUUGCGCGUGCGCUCCCAGGUGUCCCCCGAAGACCCCGCCCCUCAGGCCUCGCCCGCUCUCAACAAGCAGCAGGAGCGGCGGCGGCGCUCGAGAGAGGAGGCCCAGGCCAAGGCCCAGGAGGCUGAGGCGCUGUACCAGGCCUGUGUCCGUGAGGCCAAUGCAAGGCAGCAGGACCUGGAGGCUGCCAAGCAGCGAAUCGUGUCACACGUGCGCAAGUUGGUGCUGCAAGGGGAUGAAGUGCUGAGGCGGGUGACCCUAGGAUUGUUCCGGCUGCGAGAGGCCCAGGCCGAGCGUGGCCCCCGCGCCUUCGCUGCCUUGGCUGAGUGCUGUGCGCCCUUCGAGCCUGGCCAGCGAUAUCAGGAGUUCGUGCGGACGAUGCAGCCCGACGCGCCACCACCCCCACCACCCGCCUUCUCCUUCCAGGAAUUUUCAUACAGUUCCCCUCUGGACACAAGAAAGAAGCUCUCUGACCCCUCACCUCCAAGGCUGGAUGAGAGUGGAGCUGAUCCAGGCCCUUGGGAGGACACUGGCACAGGCUGGCAAGGAACUCUGGGCAGUGAUGUGGACAGUGUGGGCGGUGGCAGCGAAUCUCGGUCCCUGGACUCUCCCACUUCCAGCCCAGGCUCUGGCACAAGGCGGCUGGUGAAGGUCUCUUCCAUAGGCACAGAAUCUUCGGAUGACUUUGAGGAGCGAGACCCUGACCUGGGAGAUGGGCUGGAGAAUGGACCAGGCACCCCCUUCAAAAAAUGGACACUUUCCAAUGCGGCCCAGACCCACCGGCUGCGGCGGCUGCGGGGCCCAGCCAAGUGCCGAGAGUGCGAGGCUUUCAUGGUCAGCGGAACUGAGUGUGAGGAGUGCUUUCUGACCUGCCACAAGCGCUGCCUGGAGACUCUACUGAUCCUCUGCGGACACAGGCGGCUCCCAGCCCGCACCCCCAUCUUUGGGGUCAACUUCCUGCAACUGCCCAGGGACUUCCCGGAGGAGGUACCCUUUGUGAUCACCAGGUGCACAGCCGAGAUAGAACAGCGCGCCCUGGGUGUGCAGGGCAUUUAUCGAGUCAGCGGGUCCCGGGUCCGAGUGGAACGGCUGUGCCAGGCUUUUGAGAAUGGCCGAGCGUUGGUUGACCUGUCGGGGAACUCACCUCAUGACAUCUCUAGUGUUCUCAAGCGAUUCCUCCAGGAGCUCACUGACCCCGUGGUCCCCUUCCACCUCUACGACGCCUUCAUCUCUCUGGCUAAGACCCUGCAUGCAGACCCUGGGCGCGACCCUGGGACCCCCAGCCCCAGCCCUGAGAUUAUCUGCUCGCUGAAGACCCUCUUGGUGCAGCUGCCUGACUCUAACUACAACACCCUGCGGCACCUGGUGGCCCAUCUGUUCAGGGUAGCUGCACAGUUUGAGGAGAACAAGAUGUCUGCCAACAACCUGGGCAUUGUGUUUGGGCCAACACUGCUGCGGCCACCGGAUGGUCCAGGAGCAGCCUGCGCCGGUCCUGUCACCUGCCUGCUGGACUCUGGGCACCAGGCCCAGCUUAUUGAGUUCCUCAUUGUGCACUAUGAGAAGAUCUUCGGGAUUGACGAGCUCCCCCUGACCACUGAGCCCCUGCCCCGAGACCCCAGCCCACCUCCUGGUGCCCUCCCAACCAACACUCAGCCAUCAUACCCACAACUUGUCCUGGACCCCCUGCCCCUAUCCCUAACCUCAGACCCCAACCCAGCCCCCAUGCCCCUUAGUGCCCUGGAAGAGCAUCCCGAGGCCACGCUCCCAGAGAUUCCAACUUUGCAGUGUGACCAGGGAGAGGAAGUAGCCAAAGACACCAAAGACGAGGGAGGGGAAGUGUCCAGCCAAGGCCUCCAGGACUCACCCCUAGGGACACAGUCCCGUGGCCACUUCAGCCGCCAGCCAGUGAAGUAUCCCCGGGGGGGCGUGCGGCCUGUCACCCACCAGCUGUCGGGCUUGGCCCUGGUGGCUUCCAAAUUGUGCGAGGAGACCCCUGUCACAUCAGUGCCCCAAGGUAGCUUGCGGAGACGAGGACCCAGCCCUGCUGCCACCUCCUGUGAGGGCAGCCCUCUUCGACGUGCCCCGCUACCCAAGCAUUUUGAGAUCACUCAGGAAACAGCCCGGCUACUCUCCAAGCUGCACAGUGAGUCUGUGCCCAAGGCCACCUGCUGCCCAGACCCUCAACCUGAGGAAGCCGAGGACCAUCUCUGACCAUUCCAGCACUUUGACCAAGAAGCCCAAGAUUGAGAAGAUGGACCAGGGAUUCAAUGUUGGGUUGUCUGGAGAGUUCCUAUGGGGAAAGACUACACCGCCUAGGGGAGAACUAAAACCCUUUUGGGGGCAAUGUAUAGGAUUCCCUCACUAGACACAGGUCAGUGUCGAGCAUCAGGGCCACUCAGGUUCAGAGGUCAUUCAGGUUCAAUACUCAGGGUCAAUACAGGUCAUGAGAUCGUUGAGGUCCACUCUAGUCUCUGACCCCUGGGACAGAGGUGCUUUUGGCUAAUUUGAUUGUGGCCACUCCCCCAUCUCUGUGCCUCAUUAGUUGAUCCCGAGUGACCAGCUCUUGCAGAGUGUGGGCAACCCAGACUCCACCCACUCACAGGAAUCCUGGUAGUCCCUGGGGUCCUGUGGCCUUUGAAUAAACUGUGUCCUUUAUA